CGCAUAGGCCAGGAUUGUUGAGACGCUCGGUGGAGUGAGGAGAAUCACCAGCAGUAUGAGAAGAGAGGGAAUGGAAGUUAAAGCAAAAGAAGACUAGUACAGUUGCCAGCUGGUUGCCGAUUAGUGUGUGUCGUUUGUUUAAUGUUUAUACUGAUAAAGUCAUGAGCAUACCACAUGCUCACCGGGAAUUAAUUAUUAAUUGAGUUUGUUGUUUUUGAUUGACAAAUCUAUUUAAUAAUUGAUGAAUUUUCCCAAUGAAAUAAAUAAUUAAAUAAUUAAAAAUUAUGUCGUCGGUAUUUUCAAAGCUAAUAAAUAAAACAUCACAAACAUGUGGGAUAAGACAGGAGACACUUACUCGUGGUGUUGUUGGUGUUGUCACGACACUCUACUUACUGAAGCUGACUUAUCCUCACAUUGUAAGAGUCAAGCGCAAAUUGGAGACCAACAACAAUGACAACAGCAGUAAUAAUAACAAGACAAAGGAAAAUGGAGUGGACAACAAAUGCAAGAACAACAAGUGCUGCAAGAACACCAAGCCCGUUAAAAAUAAACAGAGCAACGCGGGCCUGGACAAAGCCUUCCUCAGACAGUUGAUCCAGUUGCUGAGGAUAAUGGUACCUGGUUGGCGAUCCAAAGAAGCAGGACUCUUGACCUGUGCGACGGUCACUCUUCUUGCUCGCACCUUCUUGUCCGUCUACGUAGCCACGCUCGAAGGCCAGAUAGUCAAGAGAAUUGUCCUGAAAGACGUCCGUGGAUUCUUUCUCAUGCUGGCUCGCUGGUUCGCCAUCGCGUUUCCUGCCACCUUUGUCAACUCCGCUAUCCGGUAUCUCGAAGGCAGACUUGCACUUUCUUUCAGAGAAAGACUGGUGCAGUACGCGUACAAAAUGUACUUGAGUCAGCAGACUUAUUACAGAGUCUCCGCUCUGGACAAUCGGUUGGGUGGUGCUGAACAAAGACUGACUGAUGAUUUAUCCGAAUUAGCGAGCUCCGUGGCUCAUUUGUACUCCAGUUUGACCAAGCCACUUCUUGAUUGUGCGCUUGUGGGGAUCGCGCUUAUGUCAUUCUCAUCGCGCAUGGGUGCUAGAACUGUUCCAGGUCCAUUACUGGCAGCAGUUGUUAUUGCGGUAACCGGGCAAGUACUUCGGCUUACAUCACCGCGAUUUGGUCACCUAGUUGCCGAAGAAGCCUCACGUCGUGGAAGGCUACGUGAAGCGCACGCUCGUAUUAGUGCUCACGCCGAGGAGAUUGCAUUUUAUGGCGGUCAUAAUACCGAGCAUCGUUAUUUAAGCACCGCAUACAGAUCGUUGACUGUCCAUUUGAGGAAAGUUUUGGCUAUGAAAUUAUGGUACAUUAUGUUGGAGCAAUUUCUAAUGAAGUAUGUAUGGUCGGGGACUGGUCUCUUGGUAAUUGCAAUGCCGUUACUCUAUACAACGAUUAAAUCACCAAACAAUAGAGACUCUGACGGAGCAGUAAGUGAACGUACACGUUACUUAACAACGUCAAAGAAUCUUCUGAGUUCUGGCGCUGACGCUGUUGAACGUCUUAUGUCAUCCUACAAGGAAUUAGUAGCAUUAGCUGGGUACGCGAACCGAGUCAGUGAGAUGCUUGACAUAUUCAAGGACGCGGCAUUAUGUAAAUACCAGCGUACUGUUGUAGUAAAUCAGCAAUUCCGCGGUACUAAUAGCAGUGCUAAUUCAUCACCAAAGACAUUACUUGAAUUCAAAGAUGGCUCGCCGAUUAUUAAGGGGAUCGUUCGUGAGAGCCUCGACGGUAGUAUUGCUCUUAGUGAUGUCCCAAUUGUUACGCCCAAUUGUGAAGUUAUUAUUUCUAGUUUGACGAUACAAAUCAACCCAGGACACCAUUUAUUAAUAACUGGACCCAAUGGUUGUGGAAAGAGUUCACUAUUCCGUAUAAUCUCAGGCUUAUGGCCAGUUUACGCAGGAACGCUGACAAGACCAGCGGACUCCUGGUCAAUCCGAACCGGAAGACCAUCAAUGUUCUACAUCCCCCAAAAGCCUUACAUGACAGUGGGGUGUCUUCGAGAGCAAAUAACUUACCCAGCGGACAGCAACACUAACCAGUGUUCGGACGAGCAGCUGCUGGAGCUGCUGGACCUGGUGGACUUGCGCUCGCUGGCCGAGAGAGAGCCCGACGGACUGGACGCGAUGGGCGACUGGGACUCGACUUUGUCAGGCGGCGAGAAACAGAGACUCGCUAUGACGAGGUUGUUCUACCACGCGCCGCACUACGCGUUGCUGGACGAGUGCACCAGCGCUGUUAGCCUGGAAGUUGAGGGGUCCAUGUAUGAAACUGCCAAGCAGCGCGGAAUUACCUUACUCACGAUAACACAUCGCAUUUCUUCACUGUCCAAGUAUCAUCGGUUUGUGCUGAGGUUUGAUGGAGAAGGCGGCUGGACUUUUGGCUUGCUUGAUCCCGCUGACUCCUCAAUUUUGUCUAAUCAAGACACGGGGAAAGAUAGAGAAGCUCACAGUCAAAGACUUCAGGAAAUCCGAGAUAUGGUCAGCGAAGAUACACAACACAUCGGUAUCAGUUGAAAUAAAAUAAUUUUAUUGAUCCCAGCUGCGAUAUUUAAUUUCUACCUGCGAAAAAUAUAUUUUUAUUAUUAUUAUAUAAUGUUAGGUUAUAAGGGAAUAUUUUUUUAUAUCAAUUCAAACGAUAAACAUAUUGUGAUU